UGCGGUAGCGCGCCGCGGGCCGCCAUUGGCCGGCGCGGGGAGACGCACGGCGCGCUGACGUCCGAGCGCGGAGCGCGGCAGAGACGGGCCGGGGGCUGCGGGCGCCAUGAGCAAAGCGCACCCGCCCGAGCUGAAAAAGUUCAUGGACAAGAAGCUGUCGUUGAAGCUGAACGGCGGGCGGCACGUGCAGGGCAUCCUGCGCGGCUUCGACCCCUUCAUGAACCUGGUCAUCGACGAGUGCGUGGAGAUGGCGGCGGGCGGGCAGCAGAACAACAUCGGCAUGGUGGUGAUCCGGGGGAACAGCAUCAUCAUGCUGGAGGCUUUGGAACGAGUAUGAACCCCUGGAAAACCCCAAAUCCCCACCCACCGGUUCCGUUCCCUCAUCCAAGAUGCCACCCAGGAGUCCUCAAUUUUUUUCCCAGCAGUGUACAAUUAUUUUGGUUUUGUAAUUAAAUCAAUUUUGUAAUGGUUGACCUAACUCAA